CAACGUGGUGGUAAAUUGGUGAAACGACUUUGGAAUAAAAACAGGACUCGUUCAAUGAUUUGGUUAAAAGAAAUUCACAAUCAAGGACAGCGAUGUUUGGUCUUUGUAUUAAGACUGUCCAUUCAUAACAGGUGAGCGAACUCUUGUAUGGCGUAGUAAUUUGCAUAACACUUUGUUGAGGUAUAAUUUGCUUUGAUUGGAAAAGAAAUUUUGGAAUGGUUAACCGCCGUUAUACUGCUCUAAGCGUAUCAUCAAAGACAAAAAUUUCCGAUAGUAACGGUUGAAACCGACUUAAAUAAAAGUGAUCUUUUUUUCAUACACUCAAUCAUCAGCUCCUGUAAGGCUGUAACUGUAGGAAUUAUAGGCAUAUUGUGUCAACUUUGAACCAGUACUGGAUCGAGUUGAAAGGUCUUACUGAGAAGGCUAGCCAAUUCCUACAGACGAAAAGUGAUUGUGUUGUAUAAAGAUGUUCAUACAUCUUUUUAAGUAGAUCGUAUAUUGGCGUUAGAUUGGAGGAUCAAGGUUUAUGAUGGAAUUCCAUUGAAGUGUAGGAUAGACCGUGCAGUUAAAUUCUCCUUUAUCCAUUGGCAUUGCUACCCUUAUUAAUCAAUAGCAUUCCCAAUUUGGGAAUGCUAUUGAUUAAUUUUCAUUCAAAACACGAGGUCCGGAAAUCUAGGGUACUUUCCCAAAACAAAAUCUUUUUACAAUUUAGAUCCAAUCUUCGGCACUUUCCCGACAAAUCCCGACAAUCAAAUAUAAAAUGGACAGAUUAUUUUAAUGACAUUUUUCUAUCUUUCUUUAAUCGUUCCGGGGUGAAAUGUUAUUGAAUCUAUUUUUUCCGGUUUGACUUUUCAUGUUAAUCCGGUGAGAAAAACCAAAUAUUGAUCAGCAAUAACCGGCUUCCAGCGGUUUCCGAGGGUAAAUAAGACAACGUACGCAAAUGAUGUGCGAAAAUGGGAAUAAACAAGAACAGUUUUAAGAUGCGGCAUUGGAACAAUCCAGAAUCCAGAUUGUGAAAACUUGAUUUUGAAAAGCAGCGCGGGUGUAUGGCUAUUAUUUCCAAUUUUCCGUAAAGCUUUGUUUUCAAGGAUAUCGGCCAACUAAUAGAAAUAAUAGCGAUAUACUUUAGAGAAACACAUGAUUAGGUGUUAGAAAGGAACAUUUAACUUCGUUUAGGUACCUGAGAAUAGCGAUUCAUUGCAGUCAUAAUAUCGUAUCACGUAUGGCGCAAUAUUCAAUUAAAGAAACUUUAAAACUAUCAUUGAACAAGGAAAAAUGAAUUCGUGGUUAUGAAAAUUUCGCAGGAACAAUCGAUUUUAAAUCAGCCAUCUUGGAAUGUUGGUGUUUUGGUCAGCGUGUCUGCGGAACACCGUGGAUACUUCAUGACUUUAAUUCUUUGUUUUGGUGAAGGACUGGAGGUUCAACACUGCAAAAUUUAGUAAAAAGUUUAUAUAUUUUCAUGCUUUUUACUUCGUGAUUUACCUCAUUUUGACAUGGGAAAGAGACAGCAUCAGAAAGAUAAACUGUAUAUUACUAACAAAGAAUGGAGAACUGAAUGGGGUGGAAAAGAUUCUGGGAGUGAUGUUGGUGCCAAGGCAGCAUUCAGAAGAUUACCAUUUUAUUGUUGUAGUUUGUCAUUACAGCCAUUUGCUAACCCAUAUUGCACAAAAGAAGGUGUUGUUUUUGACCUGUUGAGUAUUGUACCAUUUAUCAAGAAAUUUGGCAAAAACCCAGUUAAUGGAGAGCCUUUAGAAAUGAAAAACUUGAUCAAAUUGAAUUUCCACAAAAACAGUGAUGAUAAAUAUCAUUGCCCAGUGACAUAUAAAGUGUUUACGCAAAAUAGUCACAUUGUUGCUGUGAAAACUACUGGUAAUGUCUUUGCAUAUGAGGCUGUAGAUCAAUUGAACCUGAAGACGAGAAACUUUAAAGACUUGCUGACAGAUGAACCAUUCACACGUAAAGAUAUUAUUACAAUCCAGGAUCCAACCAACCUGGAUAAAUUUAAUCUUGCUUCAUUUCAUCAUUUGAAAAACAACUUGACAAUAAUUGAUGAAGGAGAAACCAAAGCAAUGCAAGAUCCAAUGUACCAUAUAAGAAAGACCAACACAACAACUGAGAGUAUUCUAAAUGAGUUGAACAAAACAUACAAAGAACCGGAAAGCAAAGCUUCUUCCUCUUCUUCGAAAGCUGACUCACGAAAUGCUGCUCCUUACUCAACUGGUAUGAUGGGAGCUUCUCUCACAUCAACUGCUCGUGUUCCUGUGACAAAGCAAGAGGCAGCAAUCAUUGAUGAGGAUGUUUUACGAUACAGAGAAGUGAAGAAGAAAGGCUAUGUUCGUUUGACAACAAACAUGGGGGAUUUAAAUCUGGAACUUCAUUGUGAAAUGGUCCCUAAAACAUGUGAAAACUUUCUAAAACACUGUGCAUCGGGAUACUACACUGACACUACAUUUCACCGAUCAAUUCGAAAUUUUAUGAUACAAGGGGGUGAUCCAACUGGAACAGGAAGGGGAGGAGAGUCCGCGUGGGGUCCUGCAUUCAAAGACGAAUUUAAACCGAACUUAACUCACACAGGUCGCGGUAUCUUAAGUAUGGCGAACUCUGGGGAAAAUACAAACAAAUCUCAGUUCUUUAUAACCUACCGUUCUUGUCGCCAUCUUGACAACAAACAUUCAGUUUUUGGACGUGUCGUUGGGGGAAUGGAUACUUUAAGCAAGAUGGAAAAAGUCGAAUGCGAUGAAAAAGAUCGGCCGAAAGAAUUGAUCACAAUCACAAACGUGAGCGUUUUUGUGAAUCCUUUCGAAGAAAUUGAUGAAAAAUUGAAAGAAGUGAAGGAAAAAGAAGAGGAGGAAAGAAAACGAGUGGAAGAAGAGGAAAGAAAACAAAACACAACUUCUGCUUUGGAAACUCAAAUGACGGUUCAUCGAUCAGGAGUUGGCAAAUAUAUACCAAAAGUUGCAAGUAAUAUCGAAGACAGUCCCCCGCAACCAGCCAAAAAGAAAGUUAAAAAAUCUUCAGGAUUUGGUGAUUUCAGUUCAUGGUAACUGGUGGCUUCUCAUGGCCCUCGCGAGUUCAAGCAGUGAGUGGUGAAACUACCAGCAAGUCUAGCAACUUGUACUCUAGAGCUUAGGUUAGCAGAAUGCGAGAGCUACUGGCACUAGUGCCUCUACGGUGAGUUCACUGGACUUAAAAUUAAUCUCUCAGGACUUGUAGCGAAAUCUAUACGGCAAUAUUUUGACAACUGUGGGCCACUGGACAAAUAUACGAAAACUCCUGUCGAAAAUUCAUCACUGGUUCACUGUACUUAAGCCUAUAUAGAGUGAACAAAGGAAGCUUCAUGCAUCUUUGCGGAAACCAAUACAAUGUAAGACAAUAAUUUACAAUUAUUUUACAACUUUAAUUCACACAUUUG